AUGUCUCUGUUUCACUUUGUUAAUUGCUCUUUAACUACAUUUGUUCCUUAUUAUAUAAUAUUUGAUGGAUUCAAAUUGUCAAAAGAUGUUGGAUCUACAAAAUUAUUUUUAAUUGUGUGUUUUUAUUAUAUUAUAUCUCAAAUUUUAAAACUAUUUUCUCUGGCAUUUUUUUCAAUAGGACUACUACAAAAUAUGAAUAUUUUCAAUAUAAUUUUUCAAGAAACUGCAAAUAUAAUAGAUUUAGCUGGAAUAUACUACAUUUUAUCUCAUAAGCAUACAAAUACUAUUAGUUUAAAAGAGAGAAUAUUAUCUGUUGGAUUAAGUUGGGGAUUUUAUGAUUCAUUAGCUACAAAUUUUUUUCCAUUUUUUAUUGGAGGACGAUCAAUGGAUUUUUCUUUGAAGCAUAUAUAUAGAUCUAUAUUGGCUAAUACCUUUUUAUUUUCAAAUUUGUCUAAAACAUGCUUAUUAUUUAUGUGGCUAAGAAAUCCAAUACAUAAAAAAAAGAUCACUGUUAUUAACACUCUUUUAGUAUACUUUACUUUUAUUUUGCCCCUUACGAACAAAAUUAUUUUAAUAUAUGAAGACUCAUUUAAUAUAAAGAUGUUCAUUCUUAUAUUUCUUCAAAUUGCAAUUACUUUUUUUUUAUCAUGGGUUACAAAAUGUUUAUUUAGUUCUCACUCAAAUAAUGUUGAACAAAAGAAAAAGGUAAAAAUCAAUGAUGAUGAAAAUCAAAUGAAUAAAGAAAUAAUAAAGGAAGGAAAAAAAAAAGGUCGAAAAAAAAAAAACUAA